AUGGCUAACAGAAGCUGCCUCACAGGAGAAGCCGAACCUCGACGCUCCGUCAGAGCCACCAAAGGCCAGCAUACCAAGGCCUUUGACGAGCUGGAGCCCCCGGUGCCGAAACGUCGACAGACCAAGAAGAACAAGAAGGCGCAGGUGCCGGAGAAGGAACAGUCGCAGGAGCCCGAGGAGGUGAUCCGCUGCGUCUGCGGCGCCACCGAGCAGGACGAAGACUCGAACGAGGCCUGGAUCGCGUGCGAGACGUGCCUCGUGUGGCAACACAAUGUCUGCGUCGGCGUGAGCUCGUACGAGGACGAGAUCCCCGAGCACUACUGGUGCGAGCAGUGCAAGCCCGAGAACCACCGGGAGCUGCUGGACGCCAUUGCUCGCGGCGAGAAGUUGUGGGAGGAGCGGCGAAAGGCGCACGAGGAGGAGGCCGAGCGCAAGAAGAAGCGCGGCGGCCGCAAGAAGGGGAAGCGAGGCAGCGACAUCCGCGAGGAAGCCGAUAGGGACGCGGCUCAGGCCAAGGCAUCGCCGACCCCGGAUGCGGUCGCGAGGGACAAAAAGGACGUGACGGGCGUGGCCAAGCAGGGCAAGCGAAAGGCGAGAGAGGACUCGCAGGAUGGCGAUGGAAAGACUACCAAGAUGCGCCGAGUAUCAGAGGAUGAGGCUGUGGCUUCUGCCUCUGCCUCUGCGUCCGCCUCUGGCGCCGCGUCUCCCCAGGUCAAGUACACGCCUCCACCAGACUUGACCACGGCCAUUCAGGAUCUCCCCGGCACGCGCGUCGGCCCUGCGAAGGCGCUGAAGAAGUCGCUGGUUCAUGUCAUCACAUCCCUCUCCAAGAGCGGCCACAUCCAGCUACCAGCGGAUGAAAGCGCGGAAUCCCUCGCCGAAAAGUACGCGCUCCAGAUCGAGCGCGCCGUCUUCGACACGCACCCGCUCUCCAAAGGCCAGAAGGAGUACAGUCAGCAGAUAAAGUCGCUGUCGUUCAACCUCAAGAACAACCCCGAGCUGUUCCAGGGCCUUUGGGCGCACGAGCACUCGCCCAUGACGCUCGCCGUCAUGACGUCGGAGCAGCUUGCGUCGUCUGAGCUGCAGAGGCAAACUGCGGAGAUGAAGGCCAGGGCCGAGAAGCAGUCCAUCCUGUACACAUCCGAAACGGGGCCUCGGGUUAGACGCACGCACAAGGGCGAGGAAAUCGUUGAAGACGAGAGCCUCAUCACCAGCGAUGCACCCAUGCCAUCAGCUGGAGGGCCUCGCGCGGGAGCAGAGGAGAGACAGGGACAAUCGGAUCGAGAAAGGGGGCAACAGCAGCAGCAGCAGCAGUAUCAGCAGGAGCAACAACCGCAUCAGCACCGCUCGCCCAGCCAGUCGAAUUUCGACAUAGGCAAGGUCUUCUCCUCCGUCAAAUCUCCCACGGCUGCUCACCGUCGCCGUCCUUCUGCGCCGGUCCUGAGCACGAACGGCCCCGGAUUCGAUCCCGACGUCGACCGGAUGCUGCAGGACGAGAACGAAUCGCCCCCUUACUCGCCCACGGAGGAAACCUUGGAUCCGGACGUCGUCUGGCGCGGCUCCCUGGCGAUGAGCUCCAUUGCCGACUUCGAGGCAACGGCCAAGCACAUUGGAGGCGCCAACUUUGCGUCGUUUGGCCCCUGGUCGAAGCUGAUCCCGCGCCAGAUGACGGUGGCCGGUCGAAUCCCCCAGCAGGCCGCCAUUGAGUACCUGUGCAGUCUGCGAUACAGCAAUCUGACCGAUAUCAUCGUUGUCAACAUCACGCCCACGUCGCCGGACGCGAAGCAGGAGUUUAACAAUCUCAUCAACUACUUUGUCAGCAAGAACCGAUAUGGCGUCGUCGGCAAUAAGGUCGCCGGCAACGUCAGGGACACGUACCUGGUGCCUGUCCCUGCGGGCGAAGAUGGUCACCCCGAGUUUAUGCUCAACCUGGUGGACAACUACAUCCCCAAGUCCAGGGCCGAGCCCAUGCUGCUGGCCGUCUUUGUCUACCGCAGUGAGCCGGAUCAGCUGAAGCAGCUUCUCAACAACGAGGCGGCCAUUGCUGCUGCUGCGUCGUCUGCGGCGUCGACGGGGUCGCAUCCCGCGAAUGCUCAGCCUCCGCCACCUCCUGCUCCUACGCCCGCCGGAUACAGCCAGCGAAGCAACUCCAUUUCAGGCCCGGCCUUUUCACCCGCCACGCCUCAGAUGGCCUCCACUCCUUUCCCCAACGCGCCGCCGCCGCCGCCCAACGGCCACGGACAGUCUGCCACCCCGGUUCCCAUCCCCCAGCCGCCACAUGUCAACCGCCCUGGGCCUUCUCCCCAUAACGCUCAGAUGCCGUCUUCAACUUCAUCUCAGACAACGCCGCCUAUGCAGCACCAACAGCAGGCACCGGACGACCAGAGAAAGCAGGCUCAGCAGGAUGCGGGCGUGAUCACUGCGAGAGAGGUGCUGGGGCCGCUCAUCAGCGUACCUACUGUGCAGUUCAUUCUCCCGCAGGCGUAUCAGAUGACGAGGCGGGAAUGGGAGGUGAUCAAGGUCAUUAUUGAAAGAGAUCCGCGCGCUAGAGACGAUCUGAAGUAUUUGGCCGACUUACUCGAGAAGGAGGGGACUGCAGGAGGGAACGGAGGCAAUGGGAACGGAAAUGGGAAUGGGAAUGAGAAUAGUCAAGGUGCAGCAGCAGGAGCGGCAGCAACAGCAAUACCGCAGGUUGUAGCUGGAGUGGCUGCAGUAGGAGUAGGGGGAGGGGGAGGAGGAGGAGGAGAAGGAGGAGGGCCGCCCCAGCCUGUGAAGAAGGCUUAGAGGGAAAAAUCCCAUGGGAGAGGGGAUGAAGAAAGGGGG